AUGGAGGCGGUCGGGGCUGAGGGGGAUGUGGCGGCGGAGCUGCGGCAGCGGCUGGCGGCGGGCGGCCAGGACCAUGUGCUGCGCUUCUGGCCCGAGCUGGACGGCGCGGCCCGCCGGGCGCUGGCGGCCGAGCUGUGCCGCAUGGACGUGGCCGAGAUCAACCGCUUCUUCCGCCGCGCCCGCGGGGACGGCGGCGGGGCGGCGGCGGCGGCGGCAGGGCUGGAUGCGCGCAUGGAGCCGGUGCCGCGGGACGUGCUGGGCAGCGCCUCCCGCGACCGCGGGCUGGUGCCGCGCUGGGAGAGCCGCGGGCUGGCGGAGAUCGCGGCGAGCCGCGUGGCCGUACUGCUGCUGGCCGGCGGGCAGGGCACCCGCCUCGGCGUCCCCUACCCCAAGGGCAUGUGCGACGUGGGGCUGCCUUCCCGCAAGACCCUCUUCCACCUCCAGGCCCAGCGCCUGCGGCGGCUGCAGCAGAUGGCGGAGGAGCAGCACGGCACUCCGUGCCACAUCCCCUGGUACAUUAUGACAAGUGGCCGCACUAUGGAGUCCACCAAGGAGUUCUUCCAGAAACAUCGGUAUUUUGGCUUGAAGAAGGAGAAUGUCAUCUUCUUCCAGCAGGGCAUGCUGCCUGCCCUGGGAUUCGAUGGGAAAAUCCUGCUGGAGGAGAAGGGCAAGAUUGCCAUGGCACCAGACGGCAACGGGGGCCUGUACCGGGCGCUGGGCUCCCACGGCAUUGUGGACGACAUGGAGCGGAGGGGCGUGCACAGUGUCCAUGUCUACUGUGUGGACAACAUCCUGGUGAAGGUGGCUGACCCCAGGUUCAUCGGAUUCUGCUUGGAGAAGGGAGCAGACUGUGGGGCCAAGGUGGUGGAGAAGACGAACCCCACGGAGCCGGUGGGCGUGGUGUGCCGCGUGGACGGCGUGUACCAGGUGGUGGAGUACAGCGAGAUCUCCCUGGGCACUGCCCAGCGGCGCGGCCCCGACGGGCGGCUGCUCUUCAACGCGGGCAACAUCGCCAAUCACUACUUCACCACUGCCUUCCUCAAAGAUGUGGUCAACACUUACGAACCACAGCUGCAGCACCACGUGGCUGAGAAGAAGAUCCCACAUGUGGACAUCACUACAGGGCAGCUAGUCCAACCUGAGAAGCCCAAUGGGAUUAAGAUGGAGAAGUUUGUCUUUGACAUCUUCCAGUUUUCCAAGAGGUUUGUGGUGUACGAGGUGCUGCGUGAGGAUGAGUUCUCCCCCCUGAAGAACGCGGACAGCCAGAACGGCAAGGACAACCCCACCACAGCGCGACACGCCUUGAUGUCCCUGCACCACUGCUGGGUUCUCAAUGCAGGGGGGCACUUCGUGGAUGAAAAUGGCACACGCAUCCCUGCCAUCCCUCGCCUGAAGGAUGCAAACGACCUGCCAAUCCAGUGUGAAAUUUCUCCCCUUGUCUCGUAUGGAGGAGAAGGCCUGGAGCAGCUGGUGAAGGACCGAGAGUUCCGCACGCCUCUGAUCAUUGACGAGGACGGCAUCCACGAGCUGGUGAAGAACGGGCUGUAGUGGUG